UUUGAGAAUCAACAUCAACAUAAUGGUAUACUUUGACUUUACAGAGCUUGGUGGUCUCCUGGUGCGCUCUCUGUUGGAUCUUUUCGUGGAUAUGGAGGCAGCCACAGGACAAGAGGUCGAGUUGUGUCUGGAGCGCAUUGAGCGGGCCAAAGCUGAUAAGAGGACAUUCCUCAGACAGGCUCUUGAGGCUCGUUUGAUCUCACUUUACUUUGACACUAAGCGGUACCAGGAGGCUUUGCAGUUGGGCUCCCAGUUACUCCAGGAGCUCAAGAAGAUGGAUGAUAAAGCUUUACUUGUGGAAGUCCAACUGCUUGAGAGCAAAACUUAUCAUGCACUCAGUAACUUGCCCAAGGCCAGAGCUUCCCUUACCUCUGCCAGAACCAAAGCCAAUGCCAUCUAUUGUCCACCCAAACUCCAGGCCGCUUUGCACAUGCAGUCAGGCAUUAUCCAUGCUGCUGAAGAGAAGGAUUGGAAGACAGCCUAUUCUUACCUCUUUGAGGCUUUUAAAGGCUAUGAAUCCAUUGACAGCCCCAGUGCCAUAACUGCGCUGAAAUACAUGCUUCUCUGCAAAAUAAUGCUAAACUUGCCAGAGCAAGUCCAAGCCUUGAUCAGUGGCAAAUUGGCCUUGCGUUAUGCCGGGAGACAGACAGAUGCGCUAAAGUGUGUAGCGCAAGCCAGCAAGAACAGGUCAUUAGCAGAUUUUGAAAAGGCGCUGACUGAGUACACAAAAGAGCUGAGAGAUGAUCCCAUCAUCAGCACACACCUGGCCAAACUCUAUGACAACCUGCUGGAGCAGAACCUUAUCCGGGUCAUCGAGCCCUUCUCCAGAGUACAGAUAACACACAUAUCAGAUCUCAUCAAACUCUCAAAGGGUGAUGUUGAGAGAAAAUUGUCACAAAUGAUCCUGGACAAGAAGUUUCAUGGCCUCCUCGACCAAGGUUGCACACCUACCAAAUGUGGCCGAGCCGUUUCAGACAGCGUGGUAACCGCAGACGAGGCUCAGACACUGAAGAGGUUAGCAGAAAAGGGCCUGGCGCUCGGCGGAUCAGAUGGAGGUGCAUCCAUUCUGGAUCUACACUCUGGAGCUUUGUCGAUGGGAAAAAAGUUCAUCAAUAUCUACAGAUAUUUUAACAACCAAAUACGAGAUAUCUUCACUGAAGACGAUUUCAAACUCUACAGGGCCGUGCGCAGCCGUAUUCAGAGGGUGAUUGCUGAAACAUUUGGCCUGGACUCUAGUAAUCUGUACCUCACCAAGCCCACCUUCUUUUCCCGUAUCAACAGCACCGUUGCUAAGACUGCUCAUGAUGAGUACUGGCACCCACAUAUUGACAAGGUGACCUACGGCUCCUUUGACUACACCUCGUUGCUCUACCUAACAGAUUAUGAUGUGGAUUUUGGAGGGGGGAGAUUCAUCUUUAUAGACCCAAACAGCAACCAAACAGUGGAGCCCCGUGCAGGGCGAGUGUCUUUCUUUUCCUCAGGCUCCGAGAACCUCCACCAUGUGGAGAAGGUGGCAUGGGGCACGCGUUACGCCAUCACCGUGUCCUUCACAUGUGACCCCGAUUAUGCUAUCGCCGAUCCCAGCUUACCGUAGUGUCCUUCUGAGAUGGCUGUAGCCCUGGGACAGAAACAAAACAAGAGAAGACACUUAGGUUUUCAGCCGAAAUUUCCCUUUUUUUGUUUUCUUCAGGAAAUAAAAACAGACAAUAUGAGCAUGUUACGAUGGAAAAACAACAAUACCUGCAUGAGUAAUAAUUGCCCUUUUUUUAUUGAAAAGAAGAUUCUCUUACAAAAGAUUCUCUUUUUGUGGGAAUUCAUCCACCCCUGUGCUUCUGCUUUUGAAUUUCUCUUUGCCUUUUUCCAUGUUUUAUAUGUACUGUCUUCUUGGCCGCAUCCCUUUUGUCAACAGUUGGCUCAGUUAUCACAGUUUGGACAAACAGCACAAGUAGAAAUUCUCAACAGGUGAUAUGAAUGAAAUUGCUCCUAGCCUAAUGAAAGAGCAAUUUAAAAGCGUUCGCAGGGGUUUAGCUUUCAGUACAUUUCCUAGACUUCGCUGUGAAAAUUUCUGAAGCAUAAUUGCUGAGAAUGUUGUCCUCUGAAAAGGUCUAUGACAGUUGCACGAUCUGUUUGUCAAUCACGCUCUCUACGACAGAAGGAGUCAAAGGUCUCAAUAAACUCAUGUGCUGGAAAAGUUUAUUAAUGCAGUCUUCCACGCAGACCUUUUACUCUCAUGACAUGCACGGAAAUGCAUCAAUUUGCCCGCUCCCUGGAAAGUAUAUCUUGAUCUAGAAUAAACUCUACCAAUUCAAAUGUCAUUUAUUGAUCCCAGUGCUUCAGAUUUAAUUGAGCGUAGUUAUGCUUAAUGCACUGUUUUAUUGCUGUCAUCAGUUAAGAAUAUUAAACUGUGGUUUCAAGACCUCA